AUGCGAUGGUUAUUUUCAAAGCCGCUCGCGGCUGUGGCAUUACUUGCGGCCCUCGCCGCUCCAGCGCUCGCCGAGCCCAUCCUCCAGUCGAACUCGUUGAACGCCUGCCAGGAAAACUCGGGCUUCACAGCCAGUCUGUUCAAGGUUGUUUUUACACCAAACAAUAACACAGCAAAUGUCGACAUUGUUGCCGUCUCGUCAGUGCAGGGCAGCGUCGUCUUCGACGUCUCCAUUAGGGCGUACGGCUACGAAAUCAUCAGAAAGGAAGUGAACCCCUGCGACGCCGGUCUCGCCGGUCUGUGCCCCAUGACGGCCGGCAAGAUCCCCCUCAAUUUCAAUCUUGCCGUCGGAAAAGACGCCAUCAGCCAGAUUCCCUCGAUUGCCUACACCUUCCCGGAUCUCGACGCCAAGGUGAGAGUCUUUAUCAACAGGACCGACGGCGAGGAUGCCGGCAAGAGCGUCGCGUGCGUCGAGGCCGACAUUUCCAACGGCAAGACGGUCGAUCUGCUCGGUGUCAAGUGGGCCACCGCCAUCGUUGCCGGCCUAGCCUUGGUGUCUUCGGCCAUCGUGUCGGGCUUGGGCCACCAGAACGCCGCUGCCCACGUUGCCGCCAAUGCCCUCUCGCUCUUUAGCUACUUCCAAGCCCAAGCUAUGAUUGGACUGACCGGAGUGCCCUUGCCUCCUGUGGUCAUGUCCUGGACCCAGGACUUCCAAUGGAGCAUGGGCAUCAUCCACCUCGAGUUCAUGCAGGACAUCUUCACCUGGUAUCAGCGCGCUACUGGCGGCACACCGUCCAACAUCUUCGACUCUUUGACGACCGUCUCGGUUCAGGUUGAGAAACGCGCCAUGAGCUUGGCGAAACGCUCUCUUGCCAUGAUGCCCAGGACCAUCGUGGAACCCCUGUCAGAUCUUAUGAAGCGGGACUUGAUCAAACGCGCCAACAUCCAGACGAGCUCGGGGAGCUACAUUGUGUUCGGCAUCCAGCGUGUAGCGUUCCGCGCGGGUAUCGAGUCGACCAACCUGUUCAUGACUGGGCUGGUCUUCUUCUGCCUGCUGGUCAUCUUCACUUGCGCCGCCGUCGCCGCCUUCAAAGGCUUCUGCGAGGUGGCUGUCAAGAACAGAUGGAUGCCCAACGACAGGUUCCUCGAGUUCCGGAACGGCUGGCUCACGGUCUUGAAGGGCAUCCUGUUCCGUCUGACCCUUAUCGGCUUUCCCCAGAUGACAAUCCUCUGCCUCUGGGAGUUCACCCAGAAGGAUUCGGCCGCCGAGGUCGUCCUGGCCGUCUUCUUCCUAGUUGGCAUGACUGUGACCCUCGGAUGGGCGGCGUUCAAGGUCAUCAUGAUUGCUCGCCGUUCCGUUACCAUGCACCACAACCCUGCCUACAUCCUGUUUUCCGACCCCCAGGCCCUCAACAAGUGGGGCUUCCUUUACGUCCAGUUCCGGGCCUCCGCCUACUACUUUAUCGUUCCUGUGCUGAGCUAUACGCUGGUCAAGGCCAUGUUCGUGGCCUUCGCCCAAAGCAAGGGGACCAUCCAGGCCGUCGGCUUCCUUAUCCUGGAGGCUGCCGCCUUAAUCGCCGCCAGCGUGCUGCGCCCGUGGAUGGACAAGAAGACUAACUCGUUCAACAUCGCCAUCUGCGCCAUGAACUUUGUCAACUCCAUCUUCCUCAUGAUCAUGACCGAGGUCUUCAACCAGCCGCCCCUUGUCACAGGCGUCGUCGGCGUCGUCUUGUGGAUCGCCAACGCCGUCUUUGCCUUGAUCCUGCUGAUCAUGCUCAUUCUGAGCACCGUCUUUGUCUUCUUCCGCGAGAACCCCGACGGCCGGUACCAGAUCAUGGCCGACGACAGGACCUCGUUCAUGAAGUCGCAAACGCACCUCACGACGACGACGGAACUCGACGCCCUCGCUGCCACGGCCCGCGGCGACAAGUACGGUUCCAAGAGCGGUCUGGAUCUCGACGACGAUGCCGAGUCCAUCAGCUCGGACUCGCUGCGCCGCCAGACUGAGCGGCUGGGUGUGCCCUCGGCUGCCCCGUCUUCCAUGUCGACGGGAUACGCCGGCAGCCGGCCGCGAACGCCCGCGUCCCCCGCCAUGCCGCUGUUCCCUGCCGACAACCCGCGCAGUCCGCCACGGUACAAUGACCGGCCGGCUAGUCCGUUUGGUGCGCAACAACAGCGACCUGCCAGUCCGUUUGGGGCGCCAAACAAUUAUGGCGCGUCAUUCAGGGCGCAGAAUAAUGCUAGCCCUUGGCAACGUGGCGCCGGCUACGAUUGA